AUGUGCCUCUGGAGCGGGUGUUUCGGUGACUGUUGUGGACUCUUAUCGUCCGGUGAAUACCCUCUGGAAAAGAAUUGCCUACAAAAAGGCCAGACGUCUAAGAAAACGGCUUUCGGGAGAUCUAUUAACUCGAGAAUUCAGACAAUGUUUAUGACGGCAGAGGAGCAGAAGGUUCUUAAGCUGCAAAUCGUGGGCCAAAUGGGAACGGUAUUCGACCGACCAUUCAAUCAUUUCACACAAAUCACGGACACCUUAUACCUGACCAGUUAUGGCGGCAUAACCGCCGAUAAUAUGAGUAAACACGACAUGAAAUGCAUGAUCAGCGCCACUCACGAGACGCCGGUAUAUCAGGUCGAGGGCAUAGAGUUCAUCAGAAUUCCGAUUGAAGACUCGCACAAAGAAAAUAUUAUAAAAUAUUUCGACGAGAUUUGCGUCAAAGUAAGCGAAUUGAUGGCAAAGAAUGUGCGGACAGUUAUCCACUGCUGGGCCGGUAAGUGCCGGUCGGCCACUAUAAUGAUCGCCAUAUUAAUGAAGAGCCAGAAUAUGCCGCUGACAGAGGCCUACAAAACCGUUUGGACUAAACGGCCGUUCAUUCACAUCAAUAAGGGAUUCCUAUAUCAGCUCUAUAUCUAUGAAAAGGAUGUGUUCGGCAAGAAUUGGACACAUUUUAAGACAAUUAAAGCCCAAAAUAAUGUUCAAAUCUCGUCGAUGAAAAGGAUGUGUUCGGCAAGAAUUGGACAGAUUUUAAGACAAUUAAAGCCCAAAAUAAUGUUCAAAUCUCGUCGAAAGAGGUCCUCAAGAUAUGCCAGGAAUCCAGAUUCGGCUCAUAAUAGACUCAUUCGUGUACGGGCGAACUAUGGCGAGAGCACCUGUAGCUCAUCAAUCCCAAUGUCAUACCUGACGCACAGAUUGCAAUACAGGUGCUCAACAAGUUGGGCACUGGAGCUACAGUUCCGCAUCACCUUCAGAGGUCCCCUUUACAUACCCUUAACGCCUACCUAA